AUUAUCGGUCAGAAUUGGACCAUAACGGAAUUUUGGUUUACACCGGCACAAUAAUAUCAGAUUGGGGAGGAAGAUUAGAAUUAGAAAUUGAUAGAAAAGCAAGAAUAUGGGCUCGUGUGAGUAGGAAAAAAAAAAUAUCGAUUUUAGUGCUAUCAUCAGCUAUGGGAUUAGAUCUAAGAGAAGUUAUAGAUAAUGCCUGUUAUCCUGAAAUUUUUUUAUCUUUUCUGAGUGAUAAGGAUACAAAAAAAAAUUGGUUCAAAAGAAAACGCGAUUUUGGAGUUUUAUAAAAAAUUCGCUUGCGUAGGCGGUGAUCCGUUAGGGUAUGAAUACUUAUGUAAGGAAUUACAAAAAAAAUUUUUUCACCAAAGAUGUGAAUUAGGACGGCUUGGUCGACGAAAUAUGAACCGAAGACUUAAUCUUGAUAUACCCCAGAAUAAUACUUUUUUGGUACCACGAGAUAUAUUAGCAGCCGCCGAUCAUUUGAUUGGACUCAAAUUUGGAAUGGGUACACUUGAUGAUAUGAAUCAUUUGCAAAAUAAACGUAUUCGGUCUGUAGCGGAUCUUUUACAAGAUCAAUUCGGAUUAGCUCUCGUUCGUUUCGAAAAUGUCGUUAAAACCACUAUAUGUGAAGCAAUUCGUCAUAAAUUAAUACCCACUCCUCAGAAUUUGGUAACUUCAACUCCCUUAACAACUACGUAUGAAUCUUUUUUUCGGGUUACACCCAUUAUCUCAAGUUUUAGAUCAAACCAAUCCAUUGACACAAAUAGUUCAUGCAAGAAAAUUUAGUUAUUUAGGACCUGGAGGGCUGACAGGACGCACUGCUAGUUUUCGGAUCCGAGAUAUUCACCCUAGCCACUAUGGGCGUAUUUGCCCUAUUGACACAUCAGAAGGAAGCAAUGUUGGGCUUAUUGGAUCCUUAGCAAUUCAUGCGAGGAUUGGACGUUGGGGAUCUCUAGAAAGUCCACUUUUUGAAAUUUCUGAGCGAUCAACAAGGGUACGGAUGGUUUACUUAUCACCGGGUAGAGAUGAAUACUAUAUGGUAACGACAGGAAAUUCUUUGGCCUUGAAUCAGAAUAUUCAAGAAGAUCAGGUUGUUC